CUUCUGAGCGUCGCCCGAGCAGCAUCUGUGCGUGAGAGUGCGUGAUCCUGCUUGAUACUGCGUGUUAGUGCGCGGACCGGUGCACGACGCUGUGUGGUCGUUUAAUCAUCACUUCGUGCGCGUGGAUAUUUUAACGCAUCUUUUCGGACGCAGAGGACGUGGACGCGCAUCGCAAGUGACCUACAAAGUGACGCAGGCGCUGUCGCUUUAAAGCGAACACCUCCCCCUCCCCCCCAAUACUGAAGCCCCCCCCCAUUCGACCAGAUAACAUGGACGGAUUCUACGACCAGCAGGUCCCAUUCAUGGUCCCACCCAGCCAGCACAAGUCUCAUGUGGAUGGAGCGUCUCACGUCAGGCCUCUGUUGGACAGGAAGAGGAAGUUUGUCGACACAGAACUCGCCCAGGACACGGAAGAUCUCUUCCAAGACCUCAGCCAGCUGCAGGAGAUCUGGAUCGCAGAAGCCCAGGUGCCUGAUGACGAACAGUUUGUCCCUGAUUUCCAGUCGGAGAGCUUGAUGUUUCAUGGCCCGCCACCAGCCAAGAUCAAACGGGAGCUGACUCGCUCCGAGGAGCUGUCCCCCUGCCGCCAGGACAGGAGUCCCAUGCCCUACGGGGAGAAGUGCCUUUACAGCUACAGUGCCUGCGACAGGAAGCCCAGCCCAGGGUUCAAGCCAUUAACUCCCCCCUCGACGCCGGUCUCUCCUUGCGGCCCCAACAGCACGCCAGGAGCGCACCCACUGAGCGGGCAGACCCCCCCGCCUCACUCCCAUGUAGCCAAUCCGAACCCGGGGCCGCGUUCGGUGCACGCACAACAGCCAAUCACAGCAGGGCCGCCCAACCAGCAAGCACUCCCAGUCCACAGCCACAGCCCAUCCUUCGCCGUGCCCUGUGCACCCAUCAGUCAGGAUGCCAACAACUUCACACCUGAGCACAGGUUCCAGAGGCAGAUGUCAGAGCCAUGUCUACCCUUCCCCCCGUCAGAGAGUCAAGGGCGCCCCCAGUUCCUGCCUCAGCCUCCCAGCAGCAACAACAACAACAUCAACAACAACAACAACCUGCCACGUGACGGGCGGCCACCGUACCACCGGCAGAUGUCAGAGCCGCUGGUGGCAGUGCCUCCCCAGGGCUUCAAACAAGAGCUCAUCGACCCACGAUACGCCGAGCAGGGCGUCCCCUCCAUGGGCCCCCCAGGUCCCCCCCAGGGCCCUCAGUGUCAGGCUUCCUUCCAUCCCAUGGCCAUCAAACAGGAGCCCCGCGACUUCUGCUUUGAUUCUGAAGUGCCUAACUGUCAGUCAUCCUUUGGGAGAGCGGGGAGCUUCUACCAAAAUAACCAUGAAAGCUUCUCCUUCGACAGAGAUCCUCAGCUCUACUUUGACGAUACCUGCGUGGUCCCUGAAAGAUUAGAAGGUAAAGUAAAGCAGGAGCCUUCCGUGUACCGUGACGGUCCUCCCUACCAGCGCCGCGGCUCCCUGCAGCUCUGGCAGUUCCUGGUGACUCUACUGGACGACCCGGCCAAUGGCCACUUCAUCGCCUGGACCGGUCGCGGCAUGGAGUUUAAACUCAUCGAGCCAGAGGAGGUGGCUCGUCGCUGGGGAAUCCAGAAGAACCGACCGGCGAUGAACUACGACAAGCUGAGCCGCUCGCUGCGCUACUACUACGAGAAGGGCAUCAUGCAGAAGGUGGCAGGUGAACGAUACGUGUACAAGUUUGUGUGCGACCCCGAGGCUCUGUUCUCCAUGGCCUUCCCCGACAACCAGAGGCCCAACCUGAAGGUGGACCCGGACAGCCUGCCGGGGGUGGACGACGACACCGUGCCCCUCACCCACUACGAGGAGUCCGCCCCCUACCUGCUGGACACCGGGGAGCAGUGCGUGGCGGGCCUGCCCUUCUCAGACGUCUACGGCUACUAACACAAGCAGCUUCCGGCGUCCUGACACACACGCACACGCAAACACUCCCAGAGUCUCUCGACGCCCACUCUUAAAAAGAAAAACCCAGAGCUGGACCUGGCGAGCUUCUUUCGGGAAGAUGGGACCUCUGCUCUGUUCCUUCUCCUGCUCCCUGGAAAAACCUUUUAUUAAAAACUCUGUUCGCUUCCCCAGCCAAGAAUGAACGAGGGGAAAAACCUGCGACGGCUCUUCUGCUGCACCAUCACAUGAACGACGGAGAAAGAGAGAGAGAGAGAGAGAAAGGUGGAGGGAUGUGAGGCCGGUGACGUUGAACUGGAACCGGUCGCUCUCACAAGCUGAAGGAGAGAGGCUCCUGUUGCGACGGAGACCAAACGAAGCGAGGCCACAGCCAACUUCAAACGAACUGGCAGACCCCCCCCCCCCCCCCCCCC